AUGACAGCAAUAAGCACUUGCUUGCAAUGUGUAGCCUACAACGAACAACUGAAUCGGAAAGCAGACGAAAUUAAGACGUUGGAAGAACAUGUUCUAAAACUGGCUCAUAAGCUACAGGAUGAAAGCAGAAGAAAGGAAGAAGCGCAGGAACGCCUGAGCGAUAAAGUCAUCAGAUUGAAUGAUUAUGCCAUCAAAAUUAGGAACCUUGAGGAACAGUUACAGUCAGCGACCGAUCGUCGUCCGAUCAGUGAACUCUCUCGCGCUGAAGUUGACAGCAUCAUUGGUCGAGACCUAGAGCGCAUUCACUCACAACUGAUCGAAAAGGAUAUGAAAAUAAUGGAAUUAAGUGAUAUAAUACUUGAAAAGGAAGGGCAUAUUAUUGAAUUGCAAGAAAUGUGUCACGAACAGGGAGAGCUUAUGCAAGCGAAAGCCAGAGCCUUCCAUAUAAUACAGCAAAAACUACUGGAUUUGGGUACACGGACGACACGCGAAGAUUCUACGGAAACCGACGCAGGGUAUGUUUUUGAAUCCUCAUUUAGUCCAUUGUCGUCAUUACAACAACAACAACAGAAAGAUCAACGACAUCAAAACGAUUCCAUUUUACCUGGACAUGCUGUUGUACAUUUCAAAAUGGGUAGCUCAGGUUCACCUCCACCAGUUGAUCCAAGUGAGGAAUAUAGUUCAAUAAUCGAGGAUGACGGCAAGAUUCAGGACGACCUUGAUGCUAACGAUGUAGGCAAUGCAUCUUCUUUGUACAAAAAGAAGCACAGGAAGAAGGUGACUUUCGAUUUACCACCUCGUAAAGAACUCGGAAUUGAUAAUGGUCAAGAAGAGGGCGAUGACAUUAUGCAAGCAUUCAUCGAUGUAACAGCUGAAAAUGACCAGUUGCGACAAACAAUCCAGGAGAUGGAAAAGUGCGCCAGUAAUUCACAGAAUCAUUUGAGCCAGCUCCACACACAAUUAGAUGAAAUGCGUCGGGAUUGCCGGAAUCAAGUGCUGAAAGCUCGCGCCUCUAUGCAGGGAAAAAUUCGUGAUUUGGAGGAUAAAAUUUCUGCGAUGAACACAGGACACACCAACAAGAUUGAGCAUUUGAAUGCAAACAUUGAGACACUUAGAGCGGAUCGUGAAUGGACAUUGGAAGAAAAUGCUCGCCUGCUGAAACUUCUUGAUUCUUACAAACAAAAGCUGAGUGACGCGUGGGAAACAAUGGGUGCAAGGCAAGAAGAAAACAAGAAACUUCGUUCAAAAUUGGAUAACGAUCGAGUUUUGAUUGUUCAAUUGGCUGAUGAUUUAGAAGAAGCACAACAAACAGCGAAUAUUCUACUAGAACAGAAAAUAUCCGUUCUUGAUGAUGUUGAACGAUUGAAAGAAGCUUUGGAGGCUCAGGAUCAGUACAUUGAAUUACUGGAAAAAGAUACAGUGAUAUACGAAGAGCAUGUUGGUUUGCUAAGAGAUUCUCUUGGUACUUCAAAAGCGGAGCGAAAAGCGCUGAUAAGAUCGAAAGCUUAUGAAGCAAAACUGAGGGCGCUAGAACGAGAAAAAGAACAAAUGAAUCGAAGAAGCAAUGAUGAAAAAUUGCACAUAAAGGCUUUAAGUUUGAAAAUCAGUUUACUGGAAGCAGAAAGGACCGUCCUGAUAAGUCGAAAUGAUGAACUUGAGUCUCAACUAAUCCAGUUAGGUGAAAAUGUUUCUACUGCCUCUGUUGUUGCCUCUUCUACUGCUACUGUUACUCCUGCUGCAAUAGAAAUUAUUUCAAAUGUGGUGAAUUCAGGAAGCGCUUUCAAACCAGUACACACUCACAUGAUGAUGCAAGUGCGACGAAAUGAUGGAAGGCAGGCAGCUACGGAAGUUUUGCAAUGGCCAAUGUCAGAAAAUGUCGCAACUGCAUAUGAGCAUCAGUAUGACAAGAAGCUGGUAAAUAAUAUGCGAGCUGAGCUGGAUAUAGCUCGUGAAGAAUACUCGUUGGUGCAAGAGAAGAUUGUUUAUAUGGGCUACGUUAAUUUUGAAUUGGAGCAUCAAUUGAAAGAUGCUAGAGAAAAGUUGGAGGAAGCUGAAAUACGAGCACGGCAAGCUGAAGAACAAGCUGAAGAAGCUCGUCGAAAUUGUGCACAGCAAGAGAAAUACCAGAAAUCAUUGCAAUCAGAAUUCUUAGUUAAAUUCAAAGAAGUGAAUGAUCUUAAGGAAGAACUAGUUUUGAAAAAUGAGCAGUUAAAUGCUAGGAUGACCGGGAAUAAUAAACGGAAUGAAGAAAUAAAACUGUGGCGACUUGCUGUAGACGAAAUGGAAGCUGUACAUAAGGAAAUACGAAUGUUAGAAAAGCAGUUAAAUGAUGAAAAAGCAGCAAUGAAGUCAAAAUGGGCUGAAGUACGAACAAUACUGCUGGAACGGAAAGAAGAUAUGUCGCGGAAGACUUCGAAUGCAGAAUCAGUUGCUGGUGGAGAGCAAAAUACUACUAACAAGCUUAAGGAAAUGAUAAAUACAAUCAGUGACUUAAAGAAUACUGUCGAUAAGCAAGCCAAACAGCUUGAAUUUGAUAAGACAGAAAAACGGAAAUUCAAAGCAGUUAUUCGCCAACUGCAAGCCGACAAAAGAGCUGUAGUUACAUCUUCAGCGUUAAAAAGCAAUGAUGGAGAGCAACAUGUGGGUCGGCACGAGGCACAAAUUAUCGGCCUGCAAAGGCAACGAGAUUUCAUGGAUCGUGAAUUGACUCUUCUAUGUACUUUAAACAAUUCAAAAGAUGUUUUGAUUCAAUCACUGAAGGCCAAGCUUGAAGGCAUAUGUUCUGAAAAGCUCGAAUUGUCGGAUUUAAGAUCUGAAAACGAUAAGAAUGAGAUGCAUGCAAAACAACUGCAAACGGAUUGUGGUCGAUUCCACUUACAGCUGCAGCUCUCUCCGGAACAAUAUGUGGAUGCUUUGCCUUCAAAUGCUGGCACUCAUCAUCAAACACAACUGCAACAGACACAACAAGAAAUGGAAUUUAUGGAGAAAGAAAGUGAAAUAAAAGAUUUAUCGAUGGCUGCAAAAUCGGCAAAUGUUACAGCUAAUGAAAAUGUAAAUAUAGAGAUGAGGGUACGAAUGGAAAAAUUGACUGAGGCUAUGCAGCAGAGGGAUAUCGAAAUGCAAAAAAUUUUGAACGAGAAUGAAGCAUUAAAAAUAAAGUGCGUUGAAUCAACAGCAGCGUUGAAUUUGCUAAGUGGUAAAUUGGAACGUCGAAGCCAAGAGAAAGAUGCUAUCAUCGAAAUGCUACAGUCACAACAUACGUACUUAACCCAAACUAUAUUGCUGAAUGAAAAAACUGAAAAGCAGUUAAUGACUUCACCAACAAUAUCACGAGGCACAAACACGGAUAUUGAACCUAAAUGUAAGGUGUUGGAUGCAUCUACGAUUAUGGAAGAAGCUGAUAGUGGUCCAAUUCUAAUUAUGCGACAUCACCAAAUACAAACAGGAACUGACUUUCAUCUUUCUGAGACUCUAGAAACAAGGCAAAAAUUAACUUCGGGGAAAGUCAUUCAUAAUGAUAAUUCUGUUCUUGAAUCAGAAAAUCAGGAAGUUUGCCAAUGUGUCAACAAAUCAAAUCAAAUGCAUGAGAAUUUAACAGAUGAUGUUAGACAACUAAUGAUUCUGAAUGCGGAACUGGAAACUGCUGUCGAGGUCCUUAAAGGUGAAAUCUGGACCCUAAAUGAACAACUAAAAGGGUCAUUGGUUGAUCGAGAGGACUUGUCAGACAAAUUAUGCGAGCUUUCACAACGUCAUGAGGAAGAAAUUGAACGUGCUCGUGAACGAGAACGUGACUUGGAGGAGCAAAAGGAUAUGGCCGAAAAAAGCCAACGACAGGCAGCUUUAGCAGAAAAUGAAAGCAAUCUUCGUUUGGUUGAAUGGCAGGAAAAAAGUGCACAAAUGGAAAAUAGUCGCAUAGAACUAGAAAAUGCGUAUGCGAAACUAUCGGAGUACUAUCAGCAGUUGCAGCAAGCUUAUAAUGCUUUGUAUGCACAAUUUAAUACAUGUAAAAUUGACAGCAAUACGCAGACAAUAAUGGAUAGCAAUACUUUCAAAACUAGCGAGGAAUUUGCUGAAAAGAUUCAGUAUUUGAAAAGCGAACUCGCACAGCAGAAAACAGAAUUGAAGAGGCAAGGGGUGGAAUUUCAGCAUGUUCGGAAUUUAUUGCGGGAGUAUCUUUACGUAACUCUGAAGAAUGUGAGAGAUUUGCGAGAAAUGAAUUUGAAAUUGUUUAAGGACGUCAUUGUGGACAGUGUACCGGCAGUCCAGGCUCAGCUACACAAAUCUCUGAAAGAAGUUCAUUCAUAUGCAGAGGAAGUCAUCGUCAAAUGGUUUAAAGAGAAGGAAUUGAAAGAUGUCGAAAUUGCCGUAGCAGUGCAGCAGCUUAUGAAUGGCGUACCGGUAGAAAACAUCUCACAAACACAAGGCCUAUCGCUGUCAGUGAUUGUUGACGCUGUCAACAAGAAAUUUUUAGAAAAGAAAUCUGAAAACACUGCUCUAAAAAACGAUUUGUGGAAUAAAAGGAGUGAUAAAGCAGCUUUAGAAAUGAAAAUACAACAGAGUGCUUCUGAAAAAAAGGAAGGACCAGAGUUAAAAAUUAAAGAGCUGGAAGAUCUGCUUCAAGUAACGCAAUUUUCAUUAUCCGAGCACGCCAUCAAAUGUCAGCAACUUCAAAUUGAACUUAACGCGCUCCGGUCAGCAACAGAUCAAAACGGUCCAAGAGCAGCAAAAUAUGGCACUACUGGUAGUGAUGCAUGGAAUUGCUCCACACCAUGUACGAUUUGUCGUGAGUUGAAGCAGAGCAAACAACCAGCUCCAACACCGCAACUACAAUUAGCAAUUUUAGCAGCCCGCCUAACAACCAAAAUAGCCGACAAUGAUGCUUUAUUCCGAUGCAACGCUGAACUCGCCCAAACAAACCUGAGACUGCAGAAUGAGGUUGAAGAGUUGAGGGAGCAGAUGACCAGGUACAACACAUCUUCCAGUAACAUUGAUACGUCAGCUACCAACCAACAAUCACUACAGCAACAGCAUAUCCCAAAACAGCCUUCGAAUCAAUCAAUCAAACAAAAAGCGAUGUAUAUCGAAGAAAAGGAAUUGAUUUGGGAAACAGGAGCAAAAUUAAGCAUUUCGGAAUUCCAGAUUGCCUAUCAGCAACCUUCAUCGAAUCAACAGAUUGCUGGAUUUACAAUGACGAAUGAGAUCCAGAUGACAAACCUGAUAAAGCCAGAAUCCCAAAAACAAGAUUCGGAAAGUUUGGAAAAGAAGUUGAAUGCAACGAAGGAGUACAGCAAGGAGCUUGAAGAGAAAAAUGAAGUGAAAAAUAACGCUGAAAGGUUGGAUAAGUGUCUGGAAGUCUCCGCAGAGUACUGCUUGGAACGUGGAAAUAAAGUGGAACAGCCAGAGACUGAAUUGGAAACAAGACAGCAUGAAGAUGCUAAACAUAAGCAGAAAUUGGAAGUAACUCGGAUCACUAAUGAAGAAUUAUUGUCACUGAAAAGCCAGAAUAUGCAGCUAACGGGUUUCGUGAGAAAUCCAAAACAAGAACUGGAACUGGAAAAACUGGGGGAAAAGUUACAGUGUGAAAAUGAAGGAAUACAUCACAGACUGGUGGGGUUCACUGAGGAAUUUGAGAAACAGAAAGAGGUUGCGAAGGGAAAAUUAGAAAAAGACGAACAUAAAGCGAAGGAUAGUGAUUGGAUUUUGGAUGGUGCGCCAGGAGUGUUCCAAACCCUACUUGAAGAACAGAUGCAGGAUAUUCCUCGGGAUAGUACCAUCAAGAGAAGCAGAAUGCAGAUAUUGCGGAAAUUAGAAGAACAACUUCAACAGAAGGAAAUCGAGUUGCAAAAACUUCAGGAAGAAAAUAGAUCUCUCAACGAACAGUUGAAAUCACAGCAACAAUUGAUUGAAGGGUUAGAGAAGAAGCUCGCUGUAACACAAGGAUACAGCAUGAUACUGCAAGAGAAAAAUAUGAGCAUGAAACAAGAAAUCAUUGAUCGGAAGAAAAAAUACGAAGAAGUGGUGAUCGAGAAAAGCAGAUUAACGGGAAAAGUAGAAAAUGAAGUGAAGGCGGAGUUGCUUGAAGAAAUUACAGUACUGAAGCGGGAGAAUGAGGGGUUGGUUGAAGAAUUAACCAGGAAACAGGCUUUUCUAGACGAGGAGAAAAGAAACAUGAAAGCCGAAUUAGUAAAUUUAGAGUGUCAGUUAGCGAAUCGUGAAAUUCUCCUACAAGAGUUAAUGACAGAAUUAAAACAUACACAGGAAGAAAAUAUCCAGAUACGACGACAGCUAGACAAUUAUGGUGCGCAAAUGAGUGAGCUACAUCAAAAGAAUGAAGUUACUCAGGAAUUCCGUCAACAGCUCGUCGAAGCACAAAAAAAAGCAAUCAAACUGGAACGUAAGCUGAAUCAAGUGGUGGAGCAGAACGGGUUAUUGAAAAAUGGUGAACAAAAACUGAUGGAUGCUCUUAUGGUUUCCAACAAACAGCUCGCCGAAAUGGAAUCGAAAAAUGAGAGGUUGGAAUCAGAAAUUUUUAAUCUACAGGCUUCAUUAUUGAAAACCGCGGAAAAAGCCAAAAAAACCGAUCGUCCGGAAAAGUCAGUAAUGCACGAUGCAAAUGCAGUGGUCGAGAUACAUGGUGAAACAAGAAUAAGUUCGGCAACGAUGCAACUACACAACGCUUUUGUGGAGGAAAGUGCUCAAGAAAUGCAGACGGAACUUAGUGCUUUAAAAAAGUCCUUCGAACCAGCAUUACAAAGGACGACUCACUGUUUCCAGCAGAAUGAUGAUAAGUUGCGGCGGCGAAAAGGUGGUGGUGGUGGAUUUCAGGGUGCUGAAAAGAUAUAG